AUGCCAGCCUUCGUCCUCGUCCCUGCUUCACCCUCCGAUCUCGAGGCCAUAGCCCGCGUCCAGUUUGCGGCCUGCGCCUCCGACCAUGGGUUCCCUGUUAUCUUCCCAAAGGGAGCCACAUUGACCUCCAUCACCCAUUUUGUGCACUCGUACGAAAGCGACUUGGAGAACGACCCAAGCUGCCACCUCAUGGUAGUCAAGGAGGCCAUGUCCGGCGAGAUCGCGAGCUUUGCCGUCUGGCAUUUUUACCCGCCCAAAACCCAAGAGGAGGUCGAGGAGGAAAUGCUGAUGCGUGAAUUCCCACUUCCUGAUGACGCCAAUAAGGAUCUGGGGAAUCGCUUGAUUCGCAACAGUAUCAGAAAACGCCAUGAAGUCGCCGCGUCAGCUGUCGGCCCGGAUAAGCCCUAUGCGUAUCUCGCUGCGAUUGGAACCAGCCCAAAAUACCAGAGGCAAGGUGCUGCUUCUCUCUUGCUCGACUGGGGUCUGGAGCGGGCCGAUGACCGAGGCCUGGCAGCCUAUGUCGAAAGUGCCCCGGCGGCUUUACGACUCUACGAGAAGUAUGGCUUCAAAGAAGUCUGCAAACUACCCUUAGAGAUGUCGCCUUGGAAGGAAGGGGAAUAUUUGAAUGUAUGCAUGGUUCGGCAGCCUCCAAGCUGA